AUGGCCGCAACCAUUUAUGCCACCCUGCUCAGUGGCCGUGCGGUUCGGCUCCAGAUUUCACCCGAAAGCACCAUCAACGACCUUCGACAGUUGGCCCAGCAGAGGCUGGGAGUAGGAAUCGACCGGCUCUGGACGAAGGAAGGUGGCCUAGACCUCCUUCCGGAAACCAGUCUACAGCAAGCUGGUCUUUGCACGGAGCAGGUCGUGACCUUGACAGUUCGGCAGCUGCGUGUCGUCUCCCCGUGGGAGUGCCUUGGCAGCCUCUUGUCCUGGCCCUUCUUCGAGGAUGUCCUGAGCCCAGAAGCUUUUGCCGCCAUACGUCCGGAUGGCAGCGUGAUUACGUGGGGUUUUGGUCCCGCAGGCGAUCCUGGACUGGCCCAGGAAAGUCUGGAGGAUGUCCGAGAUGUGCAAGCUACGGCCGGGGCGUUUGCAGCGCUUCGAUACGACGGCAGCGUCGUUUCCUGGGGCGAACCCGCCUACGGAGGGGACAGCUCCGCUGUGCAAGACCAGCUGUGCAACGUGCUGGAGUUGCGGGGGUCCUCCAGCGCCUUCGCUGCCCUGCGUGCCGACGGCCGCGUAGUGUCCUGGGGCUCUGUGGUUGCGGGAGGCGACUGCAGCUCCGUGCAGGACCGGCUCCAGGCUGUGGUGGCGCUCCGUGCCUCUUUCUUAGCAUUUGCCGCCAUCCGCAAGGAUGGGCAGGUUGUGACGUGGGGAGAGGAUGGGGACAGCAGCGCCGUCCAAGACCAGCUGAACCAAGUACGAGAGGUUCGCGUCUCUUGUCGAGCCUUCGCCGCCAUCAAGGCCGACGGCGGCGUGGUCACCUGGGGCCGCGGCCCCGGUGCUUGCAGCGACGAGGUCCAAGAGCAGCUCACGGGCGUGAAGGACAUCCGCGCCGUAGCGACGGCCUUCGCCGCACUGCGCUGGGAUGGGCUGGUGGUUACCUGGGGCCUCAAUUUGAACCGAGGAGCCAGCGACCUGUGUCUGACAGGGGUGGCAUCCUUGCAUGCCAGCUUCGGUGCUUUUGCCGCGCUGCGCCACGAUGGCAGCGUGGCGACUUGGGGCCACCCGCUGUAUGGUGGGGACAGCGAGGCGGUGGGCGACCAGCUAGUGGAGGUGCUGGAGCUGUGGGCUUCGAGCCGAGCCUUCGCGGCCCUCCAGAGAGACGGGAAAGUCGUCGCCUGGGGCCUCCCGCGAUGCGGCGGGGACUGCAGCUCCGUCCAGGAGCAGCUGACGGAAGUGGAGUACGUCAAGGCUUCGGGUUGUGCCUUUGCCGCUCUCCGCCGGGACGGCCGCGUCGUCACCUGGGGCUGUGGCCCCGCAGGCGGCGACAGCAGCGAGGUCCAGGAGCAGCUGACGGAGGUGACUCAGAUCUGGGCCUCCUCACGGGCCUUUGCAGCCGUCCGCAUGGACGGCCGCUUGGUGACGUGGGGGGAUGCGCUGCAUGGGGGCGACAGCAGCGCCGUCGAAGGGCAGCUGCACUGCACCCCGAACCCCUUGCCCAGUGCUGAGGCCAUACCUGGGCGAUGA